AUGGCUGCUACUGCGGUUACAAUUACAGCUGGAUCCUUCUCCAAUCUAUUCCCUACGCCAACUGUCCAUGCUAGUGAUGUUUUGCCUUCCAAAGAUGAAAAUUCCGAUGAAAACACGUCAUUUAUGUCCGGAGAGUGGCUCAAAACAACUCAGCAAGAUCCCAUAUUGCCAUCUUUGUCUAAUUUGCAACGACGAAAAGUAGAACUAUUACAGAAAACUGAACACUACGAGCCUACGGUAGAGUACUGUCAGGCUGCCUUCCUGAUGCCAUUUCUAGUUCUUCGAGCAAGAAAAUUUGCUCUAUUAUUCACCUUAGGUAGUUUAUUUACGAUAGGAAGUUUCUCUAUGCUAUGGGGACCUGUAAACCAUCUUAAGCAUUUAUUUUCCUCGGAACGAUUGACGUUUACGCUUACCUACUUUCUAUCACUUUUUGUUACGCUAUACGCAGCAUUAAUCGUACGUAAGCAGCUAUGUGCCUGGUGGCAUUACGGCGUUAAAAUUGAUGUCCAAAAUAUGUUCAUCGUUGCUUCAAAUAACGAAUCACAACAAGCAUAUGAACUCAAUGUACUGUAUCAUCAAUUUUCUCAUCAAAGUUUAGUAUGUAACAGAAGCAUCAUGGAAUGCCGUAUUUAUGAUGUACUUACUGCGUGGCUUUAUGCGGCCCAAGUUUGUUAA